AUGUUUGUAUUACAAACAAAAUUAAGAAUGAAAAUUAAUUCCACUCAUGUCUUAUAUUUUACUCUGAGUGCAUUUUUAGACACAGGCAUGCUGAGCUACUUUUUCUUCACCAUCAUCCUGUCUCUGUAUGUUCUGAUUAUCAGCUCUAAUGUCCUGCUGAUCGCGGUGAUCUGUGUGAACCGGACCUUACAUGAACCCAUGUUCCUGUUCCUCUGCAGCCUGUUUGUGAAUGAACUGUACGGCAGUUUGGGUUUGUUUCCCUUCCUGCUGGUUCAGAUCCUCUCUGAUGUUCAUAUAAUUUUUGCUCCUCUUUGUCUACUGCAGAUUUUCAUUCUUUAUACUUACGGAAGUGUAGAGUUUACUAACUUAGCCGUCAUGUCUUAUGACAGAUACGUAGCGAUCUGCUGUCCUCUGCAGUAUAACUCCCUGAUGACUUCAAGGAGAAUAGCGAUUCUUAUAUCCAUCAUAUGGUUGCCUCCUCUUUUCUGUGUUGGUUUCACCGUAUUCCUGAGCUCCUCUCUGCAGCUCUGUGGGAACGUCAUCAAUAAGGUUUACUGUGACAAUCACUCCAUCAUCAAGCUGGCCUGUAACGACCCCACAGCCAAUAACAUCUAUGAACUAAUCAUGGCUUUCUUCACAGUCUGUGUUCCUGUUUCUGUUAUCGUCUACACCUACAUGAGGAUCCUUCAGGUGUGUUUCUCUGGGUCCAAACAGACCCGGCAGAAAGCCGUCAGUACCUGCACGCCCCACCUUGCUUCUAUAAUCAACUUCUCCUUUGGUGUUUCCUUUGAAAUAUUGCAGAGCAGAUUUAACAUGAAUACUGCUCCUGGCUUGCUAAGAACAAUAUUUCCAUUGUAUUAUCUCACCUGCCAGCCGCUCUUUAACCCAGUUCUAUACGGCCUGAAUAUGUCAAAAAUACGCAGCAUGUGUAAAAAGCUGGUUCUGAGAAAGAUUUAG